GGCGAGAGUUUCAGAAACAUGCAGACAAUACUGGCGAGAGCUUGAAAAACAUACACAUCUUGAAGACAGACGUGAAGACAGAUGUGGCGAUAACAUGCACGUACUCAGAGUGGCUGCACCAAGAACACAAGACACCCCCCAUGUUGCCGCUCCUGUUGCGCCCGUGUUGAAGACGUGCUUCGCCAAGUAUGACAGUGCAUCGCUGGAUGCAAUUGGAUGUGAGCCUAUUGUCAUUUGAUGACUGUCAAUCGGCCUGUCAAUCAAAUGGGAGCCGCCAGGAUCAGCCCAACAAUGACCUUCACCAGCAACACAACAAGCUAAGUAAAAUCGGCCACACCCGCCCGUGUCACGUCAGAUGAAGCAAGCCUCCUGAGUGGCUUGUCUUCGAAUCUCUUCACACACCUUGGUCACUCGAUGGAUGCUGCCGACCUCACUCUGACUGCUGGCGCAGCCGGCGUCCGCAUUCAAGCCGUUCCGACGACAGGACCUUCUCUGUCCAGUAGGCGAGCCAUUACCGAUUGAACGAAGAGCAGAUGCGGGCGUUCCAAUCAUCUGCAGCCACUUGCUUAACCACUACAAAGACCUGGGGGACAAUAAAUACAUCGCGCCAUUGCGCAUGACCGGCAAGGGCGGCACCUGCAAGACCGUCGCCAAAGCUGUACUGCAAUGCAGACAUUGGCUGUGUCUGGCGGCACUUACGGUGUGGCUGCAGAUAACAUCAAAGGCUCGACAAUCGAUUCGCUCCUGCACCUCUUCGAUGACUUCGAGAGCGACGAGAAGAGGCUGCGGCGCCAAGCGGUGAAGCAGCAGACAAUCGAUGGUGAGCAGCAGACAAUACAUGAUAGUCGACGAGAUCUCUUUCGUCAACCGCCAGAACCUUGACAAAGUCGAUGCGGCACCGAGGGACCUGCGCAAAAGCACCCAAGAAGGACAAAAGGGAUUGCGAUGAUUCGUUUCGUUUGGAGAGAGUAUGAUCCUGUGUGAAUUCAACCCUCCUCCUUACCAGACGAAGGCAACGAUUCCUCUUGCCAUCUGUGGCGCUGUCGAGAGUGACGUCCCUCGAAGACCUCCACGUUGCGCGGGACUUUGAUGAGAAGUGGCUGAGGCAAGAAUGGCCUGACUGCCUGCGUGAAGAGCUGGCCAAGCUCAACAAGCUGCAUGAACGGACACAGGAGAAACAUCCCGUCCACCACCAAACUGAACUGGCGCGUUUCGUGUGUCCAGUCAGUUGAUGCUUACUUGAUGCGUGCACGGGAUUAACGGAAAGCGCGUCAGCACGAGGAGUCCAUCAAGAAUGCAAACUAAAAACUAGCUGGCUGUCCCUUCCAUUCAAUCACUGCAAGCAUGCCAAAUGUAACCCUCUGCCCGACCACCCACCGAGUCCGUCAUAGAUCAUCAACCCUUGACAUAUAGAGUGCACAUAAGUGAUGCCCCUGGGGAAGUGGCCGUCAACCAGAGGUUCAAACGACGACGCACAAAGGGCGGGAUAGUUGGCACGGAAUAGCGCUGAGCUCGUGGGCUGGUGGGAGAUGUCGUGCACGUGAUGCUCGGAAGUGGUGGGUGCGGAAAUGAGGCCCCUGGGGAAGUGGCCGUCAACCAGAGGUUCAAACGACGACGCACAAAGGGCAGGAUAGUUGGCACGGAAUAGCGCUGAGCUCGUGGGCUGGUGGGAGAUGUCGUGCACGUGAUGCUCGGCAAUGGUGGGUGCGGAAAUGAGGCCCCUGAUGCUUACUUCCGUUAUGGAUCUUGCACUUUUUAGGAAGUUCGCGCCCAGAUAUACCCUUGACUUUGAGGAAAGGAAGCG